GCCAGGCGGGAACUUUGCUGUCACCAGCCAGCCUUCCUCAUCACACCCCGCAGCUCAGGGUGCCGGGGAGCCACCGCCUCCCCUCUCUGCCCUCUCACCGCGGGAUGGGGCCGUGAGCUCCCGAGAACCAGAGGCGCCAUGUGCCCAGGGGCGGUCCCGGGCCCAUCAGGGCCGAAUAACGCCAGCAGUCAGGACUGCCUGGGUCCCUGCUUCCGGCGGGUGAACAUCAGCGAGGAGGAGAAGCGGAUGAUCGCCUCCCCGUGGUUUGCCACCACGUUCUGCCUGCUGGGCAUGGCCUCCAACCUCUUGGCCCUGGGCGUGUUGGCCAGUGCCCGGCGCAAGAGCAACUCCUGCUCCCGCUCCUCCUUCCUCAUCUUCCUCUGUGGGCUGGUGCUCACCGACUUCCUGGGCCUGCUGGUCACCGGCUCCAUCGUGGUCUCGUACCACUUCACCAAGUUCAACUGGACUGACGUUGACCCCCAGUGCCAUCUCUGCAACUUCAUGGGGGUCUCCAUGGUCUUUUUUGGGCUCUGCCCGCUGCUGCUGGGAGCCACCAUGGCGGUUGAGCGUUUCUUCGGCAUCAACCGGCCCUUCUCCCGCUCCACCAGUAUGUCCCAGCACCGGGCCUGGUCCAAGGUGGGGCUGGUUUGGGGCUGCUCCUUUGUGCUGGGGCUUCUGCCCCUGCUGGGCCUCAGUCGGUACACAGUGCAGUACCCCCAGUCCUGGUGCUUCCUGACCCUGGGCCCCGAGCCCCAGGAUGUGGCCUUCUGCCUGCUCUUCGCCCUGCUGGGCAUGCUCUCCGUGGGCCUCUCCUUCGUGCUCAAUACGGUCAGUGUGGUGACCUUGUGCCGGGUCUACCACGACCGGGAAGCUGUGCAGAGGCGCCGGGACAGCGAGGUGGAGAUGAUGGUGCAGUUACUGGGCAUCAUGGUUAUUGCCAGCGUCUGCUGGUUGCCUUUGCUGAUCUUCAUCACGCAGAGUGUCCUGAGGAAGCCUCCCCUGAUGCAGCUGAACCAGGAACUCCCGCGGCAGACGGAGGAGCUGCUGCUUAUCUACCUGAGGGUGGCCACCUGGAACCAGAUCCUGGACCCCUGGGUGUACAUCCUGUUCCGCCGGGCUGUGCUCAAGCGAGUCUACCCCAGCCUCAGGGCCCGGCCUUCCAUCGUGUCCCUCUACCCAACUCUGGCCCACUCCCUGCGACGCAAGUAUACUCAGGAAUCCGUGAUGCAGUAACCCCCCAAAGCCGCGAAUUUGGGCACUGACUGACCCAGCCCUCGUACCCCUCCUACUCUUACGAUUCUGGGAGAAGCUGGAUCUGGGAAGGCAAAGGAUCAACAUGGCAGAGGAGAUCUGGGGGACAUGGAGCAUGAGGCCACCCUGGUUGGCGCCCACAAAGGGUCUAGCUGGCUUGGGCCCCCAAGGCUCCUUGUCUUCUUUGCCUCCCAAGCCUGGGCUGGUAGUGCCCAUCAGUGCCCCUCAAGAGUAGAGCUGAGCCCCCCCACCCCUCUGCCACCCUUCCUGAUGGAAUUCCAUCUUUGGCUCAUCCUCUCUGGAGAAGGAUGAAUAGACUUGGCCUAUGCAUGUAGUAUCUAUUGGUAUUAAAACUCUGACACCUCUCCCCAGCCCCCGCCCCGGCCCAGUCUCACCCUCACCUCCUCCCGGUUCUAACUGGUUCCUGGGUCAGGGGGCAGGUCAAGCUCAGCCCUCUAGACUGUAAGCUCGUCGUGGGCAGGAAAUGUGUCUGAUUACUGUUAUAUUGUACGCUC